AUGAGCUGGAUGGACUCGUGGUCGCGGCCCGGUAAGUCGCAAGCGACGCCGGCGCCAUUCUACCUACUACCAGGUGGCGAGUCGACGCCCUACUGCCGCUCAUGCGGCCGAGUCAUAAGUUCGCGCCGAACAAACAUUGCAGCAGGGCACGAUUCCAAUGCGCCGAGCUAUUGUUCCCAGCGUUGUCGCAACAGCAAGCCGCGGAAGCUAGAUCAGGAAAUCGAAGCUACGUUCGUGCGCAUACUCUCCGGCAAAAACGGCGACGAUGCCAGUCAAGCUCAACGAGGUAAUAAAUCGAAAAAGCGCGUGGUCAAGGGCGAUCCGCGUGUCAUUGCCUCCUGCGGCCAGGUAGAGAAAGCCAUGUUCGGAGAUCAUGCGGACCCGGACAAGACGUUCGGACGAAAGAAGAACCGCGCCUCGAGAGUUCUCCCGUCAACCUCCGACGACGGAAGGGAAGAGGAUGUCACUACAGAAGCACCGGAGGACAGAGACAGCGCCGUGGAUCUUGAUGGCGACGUCCUAGCGCGCAUGGCGGUACGAAGCGGGACUCGGAUUCGCCCUCCGCAAACCGUGUCGCAGGUCAACGGCAGCGUCGGCGGGGAAAAGGGACGAGCGGAACGAAGCGAGGAGACGAAAGAAAAUGCGGAACGGAGGCUGGAAGGGCAGCGGAAAGCCCAGCAGCGCGAAAUGGUCCGUAGUGCCGCGCGCAGGGGCGUCAUAUUCGGCUUCGCCGUCGGGGACAAUACCGUCGCUCCGAGAAAAUGCGAGGCUGUCAUGCAAGGAAAAAUUGUCGAGCCGAGUUUCGCAAAAGGAGACUGGGGGAUAAGGUGGAGGGAGUAA